AUGCAUAAUUAUAUUAUAGGCUUGUUUUGCUUGUUGGAUUUUUCUCGUUUUUUCAAAUCAACUUUUUGUUGGGGUGGACUUGUCCUUUAAAUUUGCAUCGAUACACGACCCUGCAUGGGAUGCUUGCGCUCGUAACAUGGACCCAUGUACCUCGUGUGACUCUUUUUAUUUUAGACCAUAAGAGAGAGGAACAAUUUGGCUUGCUCAUAAUGAGGUGCCCUAGAUUUAUAGAUACGAAGCAUUUCUCCUGACUCAUACAUAGCUCCUUUGAUACUGCAGACUAUCUGUAUCAUAAAUGAGGGUUCAUUUGAACAUCAUUACGUAAUAACUUAGUUGAAACUUAACUUUAUCGAAGCCCAGAAUCUGAACUUUGAGACUUAAUUCAAAAUCGAUAUACCUAAUUGAAUGGUACAGCUAUUUUCGUGAUAAGGAUCAAGCGAUUCGAUCACAGGCCUCUCUCGCAGCUAUAUCCCGUAGACACACCCCUUCCAUUCCUAACACCCAACGGCAACUCUAUAGCCACCACCAUCAUCGCAACACCAUUGGAACCAUUAUCUAACGCGGCUACCACCUGUCGAUCGACCACGAUGCCUCAGUAUAAGUUGAUGUACUUUGAUGCCCGAGGAAGGGCGGAGGUUAUUCGCAUGCUCUUCACUCUCAAGGGGGUGGAGUUUGAGGACUUCCGGAUGAAACGGGAGGAAUGGCCUGCCAUGAAAGACAACAAAGAAUUAUUUCCCCUUGGCCAGGUACCAAUCCUUGUCAUCGACGGCAAAACUAUGCCUCACGGGAAGGCUAUUAACCGAUACCUGGCAAGAACAUUCGGUUAUUACGGAAAGACUGAAGAGCAGACUAACACCAUCGAGCUGGUAUCCGAGACCGUCGAUGACAUCAUCCAAAAGAUCUACCCCAUCUUUUAUGAUAAAGAUGAAGAAAAGAAGAUAACAUUGGGUGACCUGAUCGCUUUCACCAUCUUCGAUGCUAUCAUCCUCACCAUGAAGAUCACCGACAUCCUCGAUCCUUAUCCCGAGCUGGCCGCCUUCUACAAGCGGUUCAACGAAGACUCACCUCUCAGCUCGUAUAUCAAGUCACGCCCAGUCACAUUCUUCUAAGUCCAUAUGUUUCGAGUCAAAAUGACUUGUCUCCAAGUCACUUUCACCUCGAGUGAUUUUUCGAGUCAGAGUGACUCAUUUUCGAGUCAUUUUGACUUUGAGUGAUUUUUCAGCCGAUGCAACGCCAUUCCGAUUAGAAUUGAUUCGAAAUCUGAGUCACUUCGACUCGCAAUAGGGUUGAAUUCCAGCUGGCGCCAUUCCGAGUCAAAUAUGACUUCGAAGUAUUGACUGAUUGAUACAGGCUAGGCACUAUCUGGUUGCAUUUGUUCCGAUCAAUUGCAACUAUGGAAAUCCAGCCACCCCAUACAUGCAUCAAUGACUUCACAAUUGAGUGUGCUAUUUUUUGUUCCGCAAGUGACGCUGUGCAAAAUUUCCUGAAUGUGUAGAAAAUAUGACAUUGGUGCAUUUCCAUAGAUUAGGUUGAUCGAAUCAAUCACAACUCUUUGUAAGACAGGGCCAUCACCUUCCUCAAUUUCUGUACCAAGGGGCGGAACCAGUACACUUAGUAAACGAACGGGGGGGGGGGGGGACCCAUGUACAAUACCUAUUUCUUCCUCCUUUGUAAGCAAUCUUUUUUCUUUAUUCCGGGGGGGGGGGGUCACCCCUCCCCUCUACUACCGUGUCUCUACAAUCAUUUUUGGAGUAAUUGAUAUCUACAGGUAAUUUGCCAUUCGAAAAAAAAAACAAUUGGCCAUUCUUUCCCCAGAAAAGUUUUAAGGAAACGAAGGUAAAUUUACACCGAUAUGCAAGAUGCAAAUAUUGGCAGAGCAUUCCUCCAAAGGGAAAGGAAUGAUGUUUCGGGGGAGUACCUAUGACAUUUUGGCAUGGGCGGAAAUCCCACGGGGGACAGGGGGGACGUGUCCCCCCUACUAAAAAUAGUAGGGGGGACACAAUAUCAAAUGUCCCCCUACUAUUUUGGGUCUUUUAUGAUGGAAAAUGCAUCAUUUACAUUCGAAAUAAUACAUGUAUUUUGGACUAAAUGACCUUACAUUUUGGGAGAAAACUUUUUUUUGCUUGUCAAAUUUUCCAGAGUGAAUAAAAUAAGACGAGGGGAGACUUGGAAAAUAAAAAGAAUCUUUCGUGUCAAUCUAUAAAAUUUUCGGUCGCGCUCGCAUUUCCUGUAAGCUGAUUGUUCAAUAUGGAGCUUAAAUAUCAAGUUUGGAAGUCAAUAUACAUUACACAUUUCACGUCGGAUAUCGAACUUUCAUUAUUUUGUCUGAUUUACAAACUGAGUUUUGAAAAGUGCUCUGUUAGAAUGACAGCUUUAUGGUAUGAAUAUUAACAUUUUCUGCUCGCACUGAGCGCUCGCAAAUUUUGAUCUAUUAAGUACCUAUUAUUUUUGUGUAUUCCAUUUAGAUUGAAAAAUAUCCCUUUUCAAGUCUGAUUGUCAAAACGUAUCAGAUAGCGCCACUCGCUCGCACUUUGAUUGGCGAUUUAUGUAUGUCUCAAUGACAGUUUAUCAAAGAUUUUGGCUCUCGAUUUGCGCUCACAUUCAAUGGUUAAAAAUAUUUUAACUGAUGCAUUCUAUUCAUAAUUACAAAAGUGCUUGAAAUGUCCAACGCCAUAAUAUCAUCAGAUUUCUCUCCCUCAUUAGGCAUUAAUAAACAAGAUAUCAAUUUAAUGAUUAAAUGGUCACUUUUGUGUCAUCUCGCGCUUAGCAAGAGGAAUGGGAGGAUAGUCAUCAUUUUUAUAUGACAUGUCCUAAGGAUGUGCCGGUCCUAUGUCAAAACUCAAAUAAUAAUGAAAAAAAUAUCAGCGAUCCAUAUCCAUCUCACAAUUCUCCUACAGAGUGAUUAAAAUUAAUAGCUGAAAUUGACUCUUUUUUUUCAGAUUGGAAUAUCAUAAAGUUUAAGCUCGCGCUUCGCGCUCGCUCUGAUUUUUCAUGAUAGAACAUUGUAGAAUGCCUAUAUAGAUUCUAGGUCUAAAUCUGAAACACGCGCACGUUUAUUCAGAUAUUCAACUUGUUCUCUAUUUAAACCAUUAUCCAGUAUCUGAUCACAAUAUCAAAAAAAUUCUGCUCGCGCUUUGUGCUCACAUUAUUAACGUAGUAAGAUCCCCUAUUACUCAUCAUUUUAAUGAUUUACAAAACAUGAACAGAGUGUCCCGUUUUUAGGUCUAAAUCUCAUUUUUUUUCUGCUCGCGCUUCGCUUGCAUCAAUUGUUUAUUUAUAUAGCUACCCUGUUCAUGAUUACAAAAAUUGAUUAAAAUAUUCGAUUCUUUUUGUAGAAAUGUAAAAAAUUGUCAGCUUGCGAUUCGCGCUAGCAUUAUUUUGACUGUUGAAAUUAUUAUGUAACGUCUUCAUGGCUCAGUGUAAGCAGUCCUUAACAAGUACCUUUCGAUCAGUUCAAAUUAGAGCGAAUAUAAACAUUUUCUGGCUGUACUUUGCACUCGCAUUAUUAAUGUAAGGAAGACCCCCAAUUACUCAUCAUUUUCAUCAUUUACAGAACAUGAAUAGAGUUUCUCGUUCUUAGGUCUAAAUCUCCAAAUUUUCCGUUCGCGCUCCGCAUCAAUUUAGUUAUAUACCUAUUAAGUUUAAGUUACAAAAAGUGCUUAGAAUUUCCAUUCUUUAGGUAAAAAUUUCAAAAAAUUUUAGCUCGCGCUUCGCACUCGCACUAUUUGAUUGUUGAAAUAUGUAACAUCUUCAUGGCUAACUGCUAGCAGUCUUUAACAGGUACCUUUUGAUCAGUUCAUUUCUGCUCGCACUUCGCGUUCGUAGUAAUUAUUUAGUUGCAUACACAUAUUUUUCAGGAUAACAAACAUAGCCAACAAUGUUAAAAUUUUAGGAAAAAAUGCAUAAAACUCCCCCAAAAAAAUUUGCUCGCGCUUCGCGCUCGCAUUAUAUAAAUAAGGAUUAUGAUAGUAUACAUUUAUGUUGAUUUAUAAAAAUAAAGCUAAGAAGUGACCAUGAGCUAGGACUACCCCUUCAAUGUAACAAACAAAAAUCAUUUUCAAGCGGCCGACCAGGGAUUAACAUAUGGCAGAAAAAAUCACCCCUCCCCCUAUUGGCGAAGGCUGGAUCCGCCCCUUUGGUCCCCCCUACCUUUCGGGACAGAUUUCCGCCCAUGCAUUUUGGGACACUCUUUUGUCUUUUGGUAGUAUUUUUUCUUUCUUUUCCUGUACAUGUCACUCGGAUGACUUGCCUCACCUCAUCCCGCUUAAAAUCAUUUAAAGGCACACAGCAAAAACUGUGGUGUUAACCGGUGUACAUAGAGGACCACACCAGCUAUUUCACACCGGUGUUAAAUUGGUGGUGUUAGUUCUACACCUAUAGGUGUUAUUACAACACCUAUGGUUGUUACAUUUACACUCUUUGGUGUUAUGUUCAAUCUCUAGGGUGUUAUUUUAACACCUCAGGGUGUGGUCCUCUAUUAACACCAAUUGGUGUCAGUGGCACAGAUUUUACAGUGCAGAUUUUAUUUUUUUCCUGCAUAACAAGGGGACUCAAUCCCUUUUAUAGACAUGCACGCAAAAAAUAAAUAUCAAGAAAAGGGACACUAUUUUGACGCAUAUGAAACCUUUGUAAGGAUGGAAGAUUUCGAAUACUGUAAUCAUUCAUGAAAACAAAGAGUUGAUAAUUACCUUGAAAAUUCUAAUCAAAGAAGCGAUUCGCUUUGAAAUGUAUUGCUAUAUUGUGUAGAUAAUUUCUAUUUUGUCUUGUAUCAAAUGAAUAAAUUCGUUUAAAGUGUGGAAUAUAUUA